AUGGCGAAAGGUACCGGCGAGCGGGAGGCUGGUGCCGGGGGCCGGGGGCGCGUGUGGCAGCACCCGUUCCUCAACGUCUUUAGACACUUCAAGGUGGGCGAGUGGAAGCGGUCCACUAAGGAAGGCGAUGUGGCUCCUGUCACUGAUAAGACUCUAAAAUGCACUGUGUAUCGCAUCCGGGGUUCUGUCUCUGCUGGCAAUUACAUCCAGCUCCCCAAAACCAGUACCCAGUCUUUGGGGCUGACCGGCCGGUACCUGUACGUGCUCUUCAGGCCCCUGCCAGCCAAGCACUUCGUCAUUCACCUGGAUGUGGCCACUGAGGACAGCCAGGUCAUCCGUGUGUCCUUCUCCAACCUCUUCAAGGAGUUCAAGUCUACGGCCACGUGGCUGCAGUUUCCCUUCAUCUGUGAGGCUGGGUUAUCUGUAAAAGAGCUGGCCAGUGUUGCCCCCUCUGGUGCCCGUUGGACAUGCCUACAGCUUGAUUUGCAUGACAUUCUCCUGGUGUACCUAAACCGGCGCUACGGUCACCUCAAGAGCGUCAAGCUGUGCGCUAGUCUGCUCGUGAAGAGUCUCUACACCAGCGACCUGUGCUUUGACCCCGCUGUUACCAUGGCUGAGGCCCAGCGGGCAAAGCUGCCUGUCACACCUGUACCUCGAGAAAUGGCAUUCCCGGUGCCAAAGGGGGAGAGCUGGUAUGACCACUACGUCCACAUCCGGUUUCCAAGUGACAGCUCAAAAGCAUCUCCUGAGCCAGUUUGGAAGAGCUGUUCCCCUCCUAAGGCAGAUUUCCUGGGGCGCAUGCUGCAGGUUCUCCCUCGCCCGGUGGCUUUCAGCAAUGCCUUCCAGGACACUCUGCCCUCCGUGGUCCAGAUGUUUGGCCCCAUAGCCUCUUGCCAGGCCCCCUCAGUGCCCAGGCCCCUUCCAGAGGUCAGCUUGUUCUGUGAGCGCUCGGAGGUCCCCAGUACGAGUGGCCCCAGUGACCGUAGCCAAGAGCGCUUGGCUGGGCCAGAGGUCACUGACAAGCAUGCGGCUGGCAACGGUGUUCAUGUGUCCGCUCCUAAGCCGACCAUGGUGCCCGUGGCGCUGGAGGAUGUGGCUGUGCACGAGGUCAGUGCCUACCCCCAGGAAGGGAGCUUUCUCCCGGAUCCGAUCCUGAGGCUCAAGGGAGUCAUUGGCUUUGGGGGCCACAGUACCAAAUGGGCCCUGUGGACUAAAGACGGGACUGCUGUGGUGUAUCCCUGCCACGCGGUCAUCGUCGUCUUGCGCAUCGACACCCGUGAGCAGCGGUUCUUUCUUGGCCACACGGAUAAGGUUUCUGCCCUGGCGCUGGAUGGGAGCAGCUUGCUGCUGGCCUCGGCCCAGGCCCGGCCCCCAAGCAUGCUGCGCCUCUGGGACUUCCACACCGGGGAGUGCCUGUCCUUGUUCCGGAGCCCGGCCCACUCCCUCUGUUCCCUUAGCUUUUCCAACAGUGGGGCGCUGCUCUGCGGCGUCGGCAAGGAUCGCCACGGGAGGAUGAUGGUGGUGGCCUGGGGCACGGCCCAGGUGGGACAAGGCGGUGCGGCAGCCCUUCUCGCAAAGGUGCACACCAGGGUUGACAUCCAGGCAUUUGAGGUGGCCCUUUUUGACGAAACCAGGAUGGCGUCGUGCGGGCAAGGCAGUGUGCAGCUGUGGCGGCUGCGGGGGGGCCAGCUGCGCUCCUGUCCUGUGGACUUGGGGGAACACCGCCUGCUGGAGCUGACUGACCUGGCCUUCGGUCAGGACGGCCAUACGCUCUACGUGUGCGGCCGCAGUGGCCACAUCUUGGAGAUCGACCACCAGCGCAUGGCCGUGCGGCACGCUCGCUGCCUCCUGCCCACGCGGAGCCCCGGCAGCCCUCUCUCACAGAAGCAGACCUUCAGCUCGGGCCCUGGCAUUUGCAUCAGCAGCCUCAGCGUGUCCCAAGCCCUAUGUGCCAUGGGCUCCAAGGAUGGCUACCUGCGCCUCUGGCCCCUGGACUUCUCCUCUGUGCUUCUGGAGGCAGAGCACGAGGGCCCAGUCACUUCAGUGUGCAUCAGCCCUGAUGGUCACCGUGUGCUGUCUACCACGUCCUCCGGCCACCUGGGCUUCCUAGAUGUCCCAUCCCGGGGCUAUAGCAUGCUGGUUCGCUCCCACACCGCUCCGGUGCUGGCCCUGGCCACCGAGGGCAGCCGAGGGCAGCUGGCCACGGUGUCCCGGGACCACACUGUCCGCAUCUGGGACCUGGCGACCUUGCAGCAGCUCUAUGACUUGAGGUCCGAUGAGGAUGCCCCGUGUACCAUCGCCUUCCACCCCACGCGGCCAGCCUUAUUCUGUGGCUUCAGCAGUGGGGCCGUCCGUUCCUUCAGCCUGGAGGCUGCUGAGGUUCUGGUGGAGCACAGGUGUCACCGAGGACCAGUCACCGGCCUGGCCGCCAGCCCCGACGGCAGCCUCCUGUUCAGCUCUUGCUCCUGGGGCACCUUGGCCCAGUACCACUGCGCCAGCACCCCUUGCCGCAUCCUGCGUGUGGCAGCUAACAUGGUGUGCCGGGACGCACACCCAACCCCCAAUGCCCUGGUGGUUAGCGGGGAUAGCCGUCUGCUGGCCUUCGUGGGCCCCUCCAGGCAUGUGGUGACUGUCAUGAACGCAGCCUCCCUAGAAGAGCUGCUGCAAAUUGAUGUCGGUGCCCUGGACCUGGCCAACAGCCGCCUGGACUCGGCUGUGGCCGUCUGCUUUGGCCCUGGACCCCCUGGCCACCUGCUGGUGUCCACGUCCUUUAACGCGAUCGCAGUGCUGGAUACCACGUCAGGCCGCGUGGUCCGGGAGCUGCCAGGUGUCCACCCUGUGGCCUGCCCUUCCCUGGCCCUCAGCCAGGACGCCCGCUUCUUGCUGACGGCCGCUGACCGGGCCAUCAAGGUGUGGGACUACCCGAUGAAGGCCUGCCCCGGCUGCCAGGUGUAUAUCGGCCACUCAGAGCCCGUACACGCCGUGGCCUUCACCCCUGACCAGCAGCAGCUCCUUAGCGUGGGGGAUGCCAUCUUCCUCUGGGACAUUCUGGGUCCCCUGGAGAGGUCACCCCCAGGAAGUGCCGGAGACUCAGCUGGGGCACCCCCGACCUGUGAGACUAGCGUUGAUGCAAGGCAGCUGGAGGACACGGUGUCUGGGGCCAAUGGGCUCCCCCGGCAGCAGGUGCCUGAGCCAUCCCCGGCAUCCCCACUCCAGCUGGGCAUCUGUGCUGGAUCCCUCAAGGGUGAUGGUGGUGCCUUCUCAGAUGAAGAAGGACCCUCUGAGGAGAGCCAUAGCCCUGAGGGGCUCCAUCAGGCCUCAAGCCUGCCCAUGCUGGUGAAGGAGGCCAGUGGGGCUGGAGACGGGGUCUGGGGGUCUCCAGGGGCCCCCUGGGGCCUCAGCAUGGGUCCCCACCCCCAUAACUGGUCCAGUGCUCGGAGCAUCGGAAGAGCUCAGGUGCAUCCCUCUGCUCGCCCCGACUGCUAUAGGCACUUCCUGGCACGCCAUAAGACCUCCCUGCUGGCCAGGAGCGCCUCUGUCUCCAACGCCGGCGUUGAGCGUCUGCUCCUGAAGGCCGUUGUGGGCUACAACGGGAACGGGCGCGCCAAUGUGGUCUGGAAGCCAGAUACAGGUUUCUUUGCCUACACGUGCGGCUGCCUGGUGGUGGUGGAGGACCUGCAUUCUGGCGCUCAGCAGCACUGGCUCGGCCACCCCGAGGAGAUCUCCACCCUGGCCCUUAGCCACGAUGCUCAGGUCCUGGCCUCUGCCUCGGGCUGCAGCGGCACCGCCUCCCGCUGCCACAUCCGCAUCUGGAAUGUGCCGGGGGGCUCCUGCCGGCACCUCAUUUCUUACCACAGUACCGCGGUGCAAGCCCUGGCAUUUUCGCCAGAUGACGAGCUUCUUGUCACACUGGGGGACUAUGGGGACCGCACUCUGGCCCUGUGGAGCAUGGCCACCUAUGAGCUCCUGUCCUCCGCCCACCUCCCCGCGCCAGUGCACGACAUGGCCUUCAACCCCUGGGAUGCUGGCGAGCUGGCCUCCGUGGGCCAAGGUGCCAUCACCGUGUGGUUCCUGCGGCAGCGUGGGACCAGCAUCCACCUCCAGGUGCGGCAAGAGCCCGUCCCUGAGGAGGUGGGGGCGGGUGAGCUGACCUCGCUCUGCUUCGGGGCCACACCUCUGCUGUACUGCGGCUCCAGCACCGGCCAGGUCUGCGUCUGGGACGCCCGUGCCGGCCGCUGCUUCCUGGCCUGGGACGCGGACGACGGCGAGAUUGGAGUGCUGCUGAGCUCGGGGGCGCGGCUGGUCAGCGGCAGCAACACCAGGCGAGUGCGCCUGUGGGCGGUGGGGGCCGUGCUGGAGCUGAGGUGCAAGGGCUCGCGCGCCAGGUCCAGCUCUGUGUUGAUGGAGCGCGAGCUGACCUUGGACGGGGCCGUCGUGAGCGCGGUCUUCCACGACAGCAUGGACAUGGGCGUGGUGGGCACCACGGCAGGCACGCUCUGGUACAUCAGCUGGGCUGAGGGCACCAGCACCCGCCUCAUCAGUGGCCACAGGAGCAAGGUGAACGAGGUGGUGUUCAGCCCCAGCGCGUCCCACUGGGCCACAUGCAGUGAUGACGGGAGUGUGAGAGUGUGGUCCCUGGCCAGUAUGGAGCUCCUGAUCCAGUUCCAGGUGCUGAACCAGAGCUGCCUCUGUCUGGCUUGGAGCCCCCCCUCCUGCGGACCCCCAGAGCAGCAGCAGGUGGUGGCUGGCUACAGUGAUGGCACGCUGCGUGUCUUCAGCAUCGCUCGAAUUGCAAUGCAGCUCAAGAUGCACCCCCACCGGGCUGCGCUGACGGCUGUGGCCUACUCUGCUGAUGGUCAGACCAUCCUCUCCGGAGACAAGGAUGGGCUUGUGGCUGUAAGCCGCCUCCGCACGGGGAUGACCUUCCGUGUACUGAGUGAUCACCGGGAUGCUCUCAUCUCCACCAUCCAGAGCACGAACAAAGAGUAUGGAGACUUCGGAGCACAGGGUGCAGACCUGUGGCUAGCUGCCAGCUCAGACCAGCGCAUCAGCAUCUGGGCUGCCGAUUGGCCUCGGGGCCACUGUGAGCUCGUGGACUGGCUGAGCUCCCCAUCGCCCACCCUCACAGAGGUUCCCAGUCAUCCCCUGCCCUGUCUUGUUGCCUUCUGCCCCUGGGAUGGGGCACUGCUGGUGUGUGCGGGCCUCAGCGUGCAUCCAGAGGUGGUCUUCUACAACCUUCACCAGAAGCAGGUGGUGGAGAGGAUCCCACUGCCAUUCUAUGCCGUGUCGCUGAGCCUGUCCCCUGGAGCCCACCUCAUGGCCAUUGGCUUUGCUGAGCGUGUGCUGAGGCUGGUGGACUGUGAGUCUGGGGCUGUGCAGGACUUUGCCGGCCAUGACGACGUGGUGCAGCUCUGCAGGUUUGCCCCAUCUGCCCGGCUGCUCUUCUCAGCGGCCCACAGUGACAUCCUGGUGUGGGAAGUAACAGGCCACCGGGCCUCCGGGGGGGCCUUGAGUUCAGGGCCCCCGCUUGGCUGAGAAGAUGGGUCUCGCCACACCAGACGGGCCUGGGACUGCCAAUCAUCAAGAUCCUGAACUUAAGGAAAGUGCUUGUGGGCUCUUUACCUGC